GUGCCUUAGAGAGGAGAGAGAGACGCAGGAGGGUCGAGUGCUACAGUGAAGAGGGAACGUGCGGGAAAAACACACUGAACUUUAGCUUUUUUACCAAACUGGACAUUUAAUCAAACCAGCAUGAGGGUGCAUUUCUCCACGAGCUGGAUUUUCCGAGGAUGGAUCACAUGCCUGAUCUUCGCCUUGUGCGUCCAAAGGAAGCAUGCCAAACCAGCCUGUAACCAGGAGCAGUACCUGAAGGACAAGAGGUGCUGUUCCAAAUGUAGACCAGGAACGUACAUGUUUAAAGAGUGCAGCGAGGAAACUGACACUAUAUGUCGGCCUUGCGGAAAGGACGAGUACCAGUCGGAGUACAACACUGACCACAGGUGCCUUCCACAGAAGUUCUGUGAUGAUGGGAAAGGCUUUUAUCGCCCCAGUCCCAGUAGCUCUUAUGAGCCUGUGCCUUGUGAGUGUAAAGAGGGAUUUCAGUGUUCCCCCCUAAACUGUGAGUUCUGUGACCAAAUCCCAGCUUGCCCUGCAGGCCAAGGACUCACAGGCGACCCUGGCCGACAGUCCUGCAAGGAGUGCACACAUGGAUAUUUUUCAGAUUCACACGUGGCAGAACCCUGCAAGAAGUGGACAGACUGCAAAGCCAUCGGCAACACCGAGGAAAGGCCAGGCAGCACUAAAACAGAUGUGGUGUGCGGACCGCCCUUCGAGCCAUCCACCUCCUGGGCCGUGGUGGCCGUCCCCUGUGUGAUAAUCGUGAUAUUUGUUGUCAUUAUUUCCUGCUAUAAGGACAAGCUGAACCUCCUCUCAGUCAAUCUCCGAGCCUGCAUCCAGAACAUUAAACGUAGCCGAAUUCAACAAGAGACGCUGACGCCCCCAUACCACAGCAAUGGCUUACAGAGCUGCUCUCAAUAUGAGAUGACCUCCCACCUCAUCCGGCAAGACGACAACCAUAUAGAAUACAUGAGCUUGUGUUCAAAAACAAAGCUAAUCAAUGGUAGCACACCAGGCCCUGACCAGGACCAGAAAGGCGAGCCGAUUCGGGACAGGGCAGACGGGUCAUCGGGCAGCUCCAGCGAAGUUUCUGAGGGCCCUGCUUCUCCACUUUCUGGCAGCACCUGUAGCUGCUUACCCUCCAUGAAGGAGCCAAUGGAAGUGGGGGAGAACGAGGACUGCAGUCAGCUGGUGGCCACGGGCCUGGCCGGCUGCUGUUCCUGUGGCCUGGGGGAGACUGUGGAAGUGAAAGACGCGAGUGUUGUUGAAGCUGUGACCAUGGAAGAGCCGCCAAUGUGUGGGAACUGCUGCUCCGACAGUUUACCUGACUGCCUGCAAGGCUCUCAGGAGCUCUAUCUGGACUACAGCAGCCGGGUGGGUAAAGAGACCAUGUCGGAGGUCAGGGGUUUUCAUAGCGACGGCAGCCUGUACAAGCAGAACGAGCCACGCUGUUGUAGCAUAGAGUCCACUGUGCCACCCAAGUCAGCACUUAGCGACAGCAACAACGGAGGCCUCUCACUAAUCGCUGACAACCACCUGUCUGACCCAGAGGCUGACCUGGAGGUCCAGAGCCAGUGCUCCGACGCUGCUCUUGCCUGUGGUCAGGUGACCGGAAACAACAACACCACCUUCAUCUCCACUGGCCAGGUGAUGAAUUUCACCGGUGAUGUCAUCAUGGUUUAUGUCAGCCAGACAUCUCUGGGCAGCGGGUGCGGAGGUGAAGAGCCCUAUGCCAGUCCAGUUCAGGAAGAAUCUGGCGAAAUGCAGAAUGCGUCCAAAUCCAGCACACAGACACCACAACACGAUUUCCCUGUGCAGGAGAUGACGAACCGCCGCCUUCAGCAGAAUCUCUCCAUCUGAACCAGAGCUGGAUUCAUCUCUAUUUUAUUAUUUUCAUCUCUUUUUAAUGAUUUAUUGAUCAGUUCACUGCAGUGGUCACCAGCCUGGCUCCUGGAUGUCAACUUUCUUUCAAAGUUUAGUUUUAACCAGGGGUUAAAUAAGGAUUAAGAAGGUAGGGUGGACAUUCAUUUCAUGGGUGCCAGCAAUGUCAUUCCAAUUAAAUGUUAUGAUAUGGAGUUAUAGUAUGGAGUAUUAUGUGGAGCACUUACAUGAUUACAUCUAUACUAUACAUGGUCCAUUCAUCUUCACUCAAUGUAAAGGGCUACUGGUGCUUUCAAAUAGUUUAAAAAAAUCAUUUAAAAAAGAGGUUUUGGUACGACAGAGACUGCAUUUAGCAAAAGCUAGUUGGGAAAGCAUUGUCAACAAUGGCAUAUUUUUGAGUAUGCCACAUCAGGGAGGGUCUCAGAGCAUUUUCUCUCUGUGAUAGGUGGGCAGGGAUGUGGGAAGUAGGGGUGCGGCGGGGGGCUGCGGUACCUCCAGGUUUCAGGAGUGUUUAACUGCAAUUACCAAAAACAGUAACAGAGCACUGUUGAAGUUACACUGCCUUUGAAAGCAAAGUGAAUCAGUUCCCUCGCCAACUGUUGGCCAUUUGGCAGGGCGGUGGGGGUGGUGGGGGUUUGGGGCAUUGUGUUGCUAAAACACAAGCAGGAGUAGGCUAUUUCUGUGCGUCCAUGCAGCUAAUAUCGUUUUAAAAACGUCAGCCAACAUAAAUAUCUCCUACUCCUAGACGUGCUAUAUAUGUAU